AUGGUUUGCGCAAAGUGCCAAAAGAAGGAAAAGACGACCCUCAUCACGCCAGGGGUCAAGAAGAAGAGUGAGAUGUACUAUGGCUCCCCAGCAGCAGCAUCGUCAUCAUCAAGCUCUGCCUCGGGGCCCAAGAAGUCGGCAACUCUAGGCAACACAGGAGUGGUAAAAAGCAAACUGCUGUCCAAGGCGGCACAGAAUCCCUAUGCUCAAUACUCCAGCACUUGUACGCGCUGCAAGGCGAAAGUAUCACAAGGCCACAGCUUUUGCAACAAAUGCGCGUACCGCGCCAAUUCCUGCGCAAUCUGUGGCAAGCCCAACAAAAAUACUACUGCCGGAGCGCCCCUCGUGAACGGCCAGAAGUUUACCUUGAAGUGA